UAGCCGCAGAUUUUGUUAGAUGUGUUUCUCGGAAACCGCAGAAUUAAUUAUUCUCGCUCAUUUUCAUGAUCAAUUCAUUCUAAUACUAUCAAAUAUUAGUCACUUUCAAAUCCACUUAUCAAUCUAAUAUUUACCUUUCUCAUCCAUCCAUUAUCAAAUAUGAAGAGUCAAACCACUCUUACUAUCAAUACUUUCAGUAAAAACCAUUUAUAUAAAAAGUUACCUUUCAGGGUCUACUAACCAAUCAUAGUGUUGAUUAGCAAAUUGUCCUUUUCUUUCAAUUGUGAAUAUUUAACUAAUUGUUUGACAAACCUUCUAAAUGAAGGAUGAAGCAUCAAUAACUUAAUUGAAUGAUUUAAAAUCAGUGUUACUUAUUUACUUCACUGCUAAAGACCUGCUAAAAAAGUGUAAAAAUGGCAUUUGUUUAUUGGAGCCAGUUGAAAUCUAUGUUAAUAAAAGAUCAGCUCAUCAGGAAGAGACAUUGGAUAUCUUCAUUGUUUGAAUUUUUCUUGCCGAUUUUACUGGUUCUGUUGCAUAUCUGGAUCUUGGACGAUCAAGGAACGACUCAUCUGUCAUCAUCUGCUGCGCCUAAAUCAAAAGUUGUCAGACAAAACAGUCCGCCUUUGAAAUAUUCAAGUGAUGUUUAUUUUUCACAGACAUUUUAUUGCAAUUCAUUUGGCGCACAUAUUUAUUACACUUCACCCAACGAUGUUGCUUCAAAACUGUUGCCUCCAAAAUUUUCCGCUUGUAGUUUAAGGAGCGUAUCAUUGGCCAACGACAGAGCCGUGGUCAAGGCCUGGGGAGAUGCAGUUGACGAAAGAUUCCGUAAUUCAAACACUGCCGUCUUUUUCCAUGAAUUGGAUGUUGACAAAGGGAUUGCCAAUUAUACAAUAGGAGGACCAACAAUUGAAUAUGAAGGACCUUACAGUGAACCAGUAUUGAACACUUAUCAAGACUAUAUUAGGACGCAAUCAGUGAUCAAUAUUUUGAUGGCCAACUAUCCCGAUUUCGCAUCAUUGAAGGAAGCAAAUUUGGAGUAUGUCUACACAUCCAAGUUGUUCAAUGAAGGAAAUCCAUCGCAUGAGAAAGAAACUGAUUCCAACCCAAAACCAGCCUCACAAAGUUCAUUUCAAAUCGAUACUUUCAAUUUUAUUGAGGCCUAUGCUUUCCUAGAGAUUGGGUUAAUUUAUUUAGCAUCCAUUAUAACACGACGCUUGAUUCGGGAAAAGGUAACCAAUUCAAAGGAAUUGCUAAGAAUCAUGGGAUUAAGCGAUUUGGUUUAUUGGAUUUCACAUUUUAUAAAUUAUCUAUCUUUAUCCAUAUUUCAUGCAACUUUCAUCACAAUCAUUUACUCUGUUUUUAGUAACAAAAAUCCUUAUGGCAAUUGGAGUGCAAGUUUAUUUUGGUUCAAUUAUCUCAUCACUUCGAUUAGCAACAUUUUAUUUACGUUUACCUUUACAACCGUAUUAAAUCGACCCAUUAUCGGUGUUUUACUUGUCAUCGUUGGACGAGCUGGAUUGGCUUAUUUACCGGUUGCUGCCAGUACAUCGACCCUUAAAUUAUUAUACAUUUCACCCAAAGUAUGGUCUUGUCUCCUUCCAAGUGGCCAGUUGCACUUUUCAAUCUAUGACAUGUUUUACUUUGGAGCAUCGGUAAAGGGUGUAUCUUGGUCUAGCAUAUUUAAAUCAGUUAAAUCACCAGAAACUCUUGUUCUUGGAUACAUUUAUCUAACUGCAGUUGUAUCCUGGUUUGUCUACAGCUUGCUAAUCUGGUAUCUAGAUGCAGUUUGGCCAUGGCAGUCAGGAACACCAAAACCAUGGCAUUUCCCAGUUUCAUCAUUUUUCAAUAAACCAAUUGAAGACAUUGAAAUGAAUGGAUCAACUACACACGAUCUCAAUGGCAACACCAACAUGAGAUAUGAACCAGAGCCGCCUCUUUUAAAACCCAGUGUACAGUGUAUCAAUUUAUACAAAUCCUUUGGUUCAACUGGCGGUAAAAAGUUUGCUGUUAAUGGGUUAAACUUGAAUAUCCUUAAAGGCCAAAUAACAGUUCUUUUGGGUCACAAUGGAGCCGGUAAAACGACAACAAUGUCAAUGAUUACAGGAAUACUUAAACCCUCAGCAGGAAAGGUUUUGGUCAAUGGCAUAGACCUUCAUCAAGAUACUGUUGCAGCUCGUCGUUGUCUUGCCUUGUGUCCACAAACUGAUCUAUUAUUUGAAGAGCUCACUGUGACGGAAAAUUUGGAGCUUGUUACUGGCUUGAGAGGUUUAAGUCGAGAAGUGAAAAAGCAAUUGAUACCAUUAAACAUAGAGAGAGUCAAUUUAACGGAUAAAACUGAUACAUUGGCUUGUAAUUUAUCAGGUGGGAUGAGACGCCGUCUUCAGUUGGCUUUGGCCUUAUCAACAGCUUCAGAAACGCUCAUCUUGGAUGAACCAACAUCAGGCCUUGAUCCAGAAUCUCGUCGUCAAUUGUGGAAUUUAUUAUUGGAAUUGAGAAAAGAUCUGUCCAUUUUAUUGACAACCCAUUUCAUGGAGGAAGCCGAUGCUCUAGGUGAUCGUAUAGUUAUUAUGUCGUCUGGAGAAAUUAAAUGUUCUGGAAGUCCAAUGUUUUUGAAACAUCGAUUUGGCACUGGAAACUCAAUUAGAAUAGCUAAAAAUGUUUCAUCAUUUAAUCAAGAUAGUCUACUGGAUACGAUGAAAGCUCAUUUUCCCAAUGCUGUUGCCACCAAUGAAACUAAUGAAGAAAUUGUUUACCAACUAAGCUCAGGAAUUAAAUCCACUGCAGAUUUAUCAACAGCAACUUUGGCUCAACUCUGUGAUUCCCUGGAUGAAAAUUCAAACUCACUGGGAAUCACUUCCUAUGGGAUUUCAGUGACUACUCUUGAAGAUGUUUUCCUCAAGGUUUCUGAAGAUGACGGUGCAAGUGAACAAACUAGAGUUCAAAUUGAAGAUAAACUGUUUGAGUUGAAUAAAAUUCUGGGUUAUCAGAGACUCAAUGGAUUGCCCUUGUUUCUUCAACGAAUGAGGGGACUUCUCAUGAAACGAGUUAAUUACACGAAAAGACAUUACAAAACAAUUGGAUUCACCAUCAUUCUUCCUGUGAUUGUUUUACUGUUCACAUUUUUGGCUGCAACAAGUACAACAUACUCUUUUACUCCAAGCCAACAAUUGGAUUAUCCUUAUCCAAUUGAACUCAAUUUGAAAUCGAUUUAUGGACCAAAUGCUAAAGCUGUUGUUCGAGCAACAUUCACUAAUAAUCUACCCUUCAUCAAAGCCUACAACGAAAUUAUGGAAAAGGCAGGAAUCGAAGUUGUCAAUAUUCCAGCUUCUCUGUCCCUCAAUGAAUAUAUGAAAACAAGUAACCAAAGUGCUGAUGAAUUCAUGAGAGACAACAUUUUUGGUCUCAUUGAAGAUCCAUCCAAACUUUCAGGCUUUGCUUUAUGGUUCAACCCGAGAGUCGCACUAUCCUUGCCAUUGACGAUAGAUGCAUGGACAAACGCACUGAUUAGGCUUCACUUCAAUGGCAAUCAGAUGUCAAAGGCUACCACGACAAUAAUGGCCAUGCCAAAUCGAGGAACAAACGAACCUUUUAUUACAUCUACAGUUUCUCAAAUUGUUUCAGCUAUAUUUGCACCAAUCGCUUUCGCUCUCAUUUCUUGUUCAUAUUUCCUAUUCCCAUCUAUUGAAGCCCAAAAUAAGGCCAACUUAAUCCAAAGAAUGAGCGGAAUCAAAGCGCCCAUUUUCUGGUUCAGUCACUUGGUUUUUGACUUUUCUUACCACAUAAUUGUAUCUAUAAUCAUCUUGAUCACCAUUACUGUCGUUGAUCAAUUCAUAUUCACCAGCAUAGAAGCUUUCGGUUCUAUUUUUUUACUUCUUUUACUUCAUGGUUUAUCAUCGAUUCCUUUGUUUUACAUAUUUUCCCUUUUACCAAUGAAUCCUGAUCGAGGAUUCUCCCUGUUGACAACAAUAUCAUUAGUUUGUACUUUGGUUGGUUCAGCAUUGGCAGCUUCACUAGUUUCUUUCGGCAAAAUAAAAUCUCUUCACGUUCUUUUGGGUGAUCUUUUCCCACCUUUUGCCAUGUCCUUUGGGUUGUCCAAGGUUUAUGGAGCGGUAAAAUUGCACUCUGAAUGUUCGAGAAUCAAUGCUUGUGAUCCUGGCAACACCGUUUCUCGUCGCCUUUGUUGCAAUGAAAAUUCAGAAUUGAUCUCAUUCAAUCCAUUUAAAUGGUCCAAAGAUGGAAUUUUAGUCGAAAUUUUAAUGCUUACUUUAGACUCGAUUCUUUACACGGUCAUCUUGAUAGUACUGGAUGUCAAUUUACAUAGACUCAUCUAUUGGUACGACACAGUCAAGAAAAAAUUAUUAGAAGCUCCUGAAACUCAAGGAGUAGUUGAAGACGAAGACGUUAUUGCUGAGAAACAUCGUGUUCAACAAUUGAUCCAAUCAAAAAAGAUUGACUCCGAAGCUUUGGUCGUCAAUGAAUUGAGCAAAGACUUUGGAUCAUUUCGAGCCGUUGAUAAAAUCAAUUUUGCCGUUCAUAAAGCUGAAUGUUUUGGGUUACUUGGCAUCAAUGGAGCUGGUAAAACAACAACAUUCAGAAUGUUGACCGGUGAUGCAAUGGUAACUCAAGGAGACGCUUUCCUUGAAUCCUAUUCAUUGAGAAACAACCUGCAAGACUUUCAACAAUCAAUCAGUUACUGUCCUCAAUUUGAUGCUUUGAUUGACAACUUAACUCCACAAGAGACUUUGACUCUAUUUGCUCGGAUAAGAGGAAUGCCUGAAGAUAAAGUCAAAGACAAUGUAAAUUAUAUCAUCACUUCAACCGAUUUAACAAAAUUUGCAAAAACUUGCAAUCAAAAUUUGAGUGGAGGCAAUAAGAGGAAAUUGUCGUUGGCAAUUGCUUCCAUUGCCAGGCCUAAGGUAAUGUUUCUUGAUGAACCAACCACUGGUGUAGAUCCGGCUUCGAGACGUAAAAUUUGGUCAACAUUAAUGCAUCUUCGAGAUACAAGUGGCUCAUCAAUUGUAUUAACAAGUCACUCUAUGGAUGAAUGUGAAGCUUUAUGCUCCAGGAUUGGUAUAAUGGCAAGAGGAAACUUUAAAUGUUUAGGAUCAACUCAACAUUUGAAGGAAAAGUUUGGACAAGGAUUUACAUUGAUUAUUAAGAUUGACCAAGAAGCUCUAAAGAAAGAAGACGAAAUUGAUAGAAUCAAGCAAUUUAUCAAAGAUGAAUUUCCAAGUUCAAUAUUGCGUGAUUUCCAUCAGACGAUACUUCAUUACCAUAUAACUGACACUUCAUCUCGGUGGGGUGACAUGUUACGAUCAUUAGACCAUGGAAAAGGUGCUUUAAUGAUUGAAGAUUUCACUCUAAGUGGAACAACAUUGGAACAAAUUUUCCUCUCAUUUGCCAAAGAAAGUUGAUUACUAUUGCAAUUAGUCCAUAACUUAUCUUAUAAAUUGAAUGUCA